UGUCAGUCAGCGCGGGCCGUGGGGCAGCGGCGAUGUGGGCGCGGGAGCUGGCGGUGUCGGCGCCGGGGAAGGUGAUCCUGCACGGCGAGCACGCGGUGGUGCUGGGCAAGGUGGCCCUGGCCGUGGCGCUGGACCUGCGGACGUUUCUCCGCCUGCGGCCCGGCGCUGAGGGCCGGCUGAGCGUCUCCCUGCCCGGCGUCGGCGUCUUGAGGAGCUGGGACACCCCCGGCCUCUGGGCCCUGCGGGGGCGGAUCGCAGCUGACUUUGAUGAGUCCAAGUCCCCCAGCGUAGAACAGCUGGAUGCACUGAGGGAGUUUGCUGGAAUUGCUGCUGGAGCCUCAGCUCCAGAGAGCCUUGCUACUCUUGCCUUCCUGUAUAUGUGCCUGGCUAUUUCUGCUAAGUAUGGGGAUGUGCCCAGCGUGGAUAUCGUGGUGUGGUCGGAGCUGCCCACAGGAGCAGGGCUGGGAUCCAGCGCUGCCUAUGCUGUGUGUCUGGCUGCAGCCCUGCUCAUGGUGUGUGGAGCCAUCUCCUGCCCGCUGCAGGAGGGAGAAUCCACAGCCAGGUGGACAGAAGAAGAGCUGACACUGAUUAACAGCUGGGCCUUCCGAGGGGAGCGGGUGAUCCAUGGCAAUCCAUCGGGUGUGGAUAAUGCUGUUGGCACCUGGGGUGGAGCCCUGAGAUACCAAGCAGGAAAAAUCACACCAUUAAAGAGGGUGCCCACUCUGAGGAUCUUGCUGACCAACACAAAAGUCCCUCGGAGCACCAAGGUCCUGGUGGCUGGUGUCAAGGAGAAGAUCCUGAAGUUCCCUGCCAUAAUGAACCCGGUGCUGGACUCCAUCGAUGCCAUUUCUCAGGAGUGCCAAAGUGUUCUGGAAGCGAUGCCUGCAAAUCCAUCACCGGAGCAUUACCCUGUGCUGGAGGAAUUCUUUGACAUAAACCAACACCACUUAAACGUGCUUGGAGUGGGCCACCCCUCCCUGGACAAGCUGUGCCAGGUGACAGCGUCCCACAGCCUGCACAGCAAACUGACCGGGGCUGGCGGGGGUGGCUGUGGCAUCACCCUGCUGCCACCAGAUCCUGUCAUUUUAAUCCUUCCUGGAUGCUGGGCACCAGCUCGAGCCCUGCCCGCUUCCAGUGUGCUCUCCAAGAAAACCCCGUGGCCGAUUCAUCCUGCAUGGCAGGAAAUCCCAGGGCACAUCCCGGCAGCUCCGGUGAUGCUCCAGCACGGUCCCGGUGCCGGCACAGCCAGGCUGCCACGCUCACUGGCGUGGGUUCACCGUCCUCCCUCUUCUAUUCAUCAAGGGCAUGACAGCUAAAAUUCAUUUGAAGAUGAAGAAAGUGCCGGCUAAUCCUUUCUGGGAGACAGUGAUAGACUGGCGGCUCGGGAAGAAUUGCACAGCAGUAAUGAAAUUAGGCUAAAACUGCUGGCGGAUAGCAGAUAAUUGCCCUUGUCUGUCACAAGGAAUAACAUCUCCCAAAUCCAACACAAUGAUUGUUAAAGUUGCAGGAAUUUAUUUUAUUUAUUUUAGAGGCUCAGGCUUGGCUUUCCGAAGGUCUUUCCCAGGAAAAUAAAGGAGCGGGAGCUGCGCACUUGCCUCUCGCCUUCCCCGGGCGCUUCCGCCGCAGCGGCAGCUCGUUAGCCCUGACGAAGCAGCAUCACCACGAUGACAAGGACGCCCCUCUGGGGCCACUCCCGGGGAGCGGGAGCUGAACCAGCCGGCACAACGAGCUGCUUGGAGGAGCUGCUGGAAGUGCCGGGCCAUCCCCAGCUCCCGCUGUCCUUCUGGUGCUUUACAGGAGGAAUCCAUCCGCCAGCACCGGGUGCUGCCUGGUGCUGGGGCAGGUCCCGGUGCCACGGUGGCCACACAAGCCCUGGCCCCGUGUCCGGGCUGACCAGCAGCCAUUUAUUUUGUAAUUGAUAGGACGGUGGUGGCCCAGCGCGGGUGAGUGACUGCGCCGGCCGGCGACGGCGAUGUUUUAUCCGCUGGGGCUGGCACGGGUAAUUUACUGCGCCCGGCAAUAACAUAUUUCACUUCCCGUCUCCCAGAUGAAGAUUACUUGUGUUUGAAAGUGCCUGAACAUACACUCAAUUCUGCUUAAACGCUCGCAGCCAGCCGAGCGCGGCUUGGCCCUGCGCCGGGGUGGCACAGGGAUGAGGAUGGGGACAAGGAUGGGGGCAGGCUGGAGCACAGCCCGUGCUCCCUCUGGAGCCGCUCGCAGCGCUGGGGAAAACCCCCCGCAGCAGCCGGCGCAGCGGCUGGAAAUAUUCCAUCCACCUUCCCUGACAUUUCGUCUGGCCGGGCGAGGAGCUCCGUGGCAUUUCCGAGAGGGGCUGGGGAAAGGUCAGGGGGUGGAAAAGGUUGGCAGGGUCGGUGCUCCCGCCUCAUCCCGAGGCUGCUCCUGAUCCCCCCCUGGAGAACUGCGGCACAAGCACCGCAUGGGCUGGAUAUCCCUUCCAGUGCUGGCAAUGCCACGUCCUGGGAUGCCUGAGCCACCUGAGAGAUGAGUCGGCACCGGCAAGGGGGGGUUCAUGUGUGCACCCCCAAAAAGGCCCUGUGAGAGGCAGGUGUGAGAGCAGGAGCUGGGGCU